UAUUCAAUGAAACCACUGAGUCUUACAAGUGGUUACUUGAAUCAUUUCUGAAGGCACACAAGAAGCAACCAAAGUUAGUUCUGACGGACCAGGACCCUUCAAUGAAAGCUGCCAUUUCAGAGGUUUUCACAGACUCUCGGCACCGCCUUUGCAUGUGGCAUAUUAUGAAGAAACUUCCCACCAAGAUUGCUGGAGACCUGUUACAAAACUCUGAGCUAAGAGCAUUGAUGCAUCGUUUGGUGUGGAGUAUUCACAUGAAGCCAUCUACAUUUGAGACGCGUUGGCAACUUUUGAUGGAGGAAUAUGGGUUACAAGAUCACGACUGGUUGAAUGACAUGUACUCAAUUAGGGACCAAUGGGUACCUGCCUACUUCCGUGACAUCCCAAUGUGUUGUCUGAUGAAGACUACAUCAAGAUGUGAAAGCUCUAACUCAAGCUUCAAGGUCAACUCUUCUAGCGCUAACACACUAGUUCAGUUCAUGCUAUGUUACGAAACUAGGAUAGACAAACAGCGUUACAGGCAACGUGUUGCAGAGUUUAAAACUUCAUCUAGUGUAUUCAUGGACAGUACUGACCUAGCUAUUGAGAAGCAUGCUUUUGAGUUGUAUACACAUGCAAUUUCCACAGAAGUAAGAAAAGAGAUAUACAAGGGGAAGCUGUUUUGUUACAUUGUAAACACGGAGGAUUGUGAUGAUGUUAAACUUGAGUUGAGUAAUCAGUCGGUAUCCUGUUCAUGCAACAACUUCAUCCGUAUUGGAUAUUUGUGUAGGCACAUUUUUUGUGUUUACCGGGUAAACAAUAUUGAAAGAAUCCCGGCCCAGUUUGUUGUUAAGCAUUGGUCUAGGGACGUGCUUCCUAAAAGUUUAUUUUCUAUUGAGAGUCGAUAUGGCGUUGACACUCGUCCACAAGCUGCUGCGAGAAGUCAGAUUCUUGAGAUCGUAACUGAAUGUGUGGACGCAUUAAGAAGUGAUGUUGGAGGACUUUCCUCUUUCGCUGAGCAGAUAAAGGAACUGAAAUGCAAGUUACUAAAUGGAGGACCAGUUGAUGACGAAGCCAACAAUGAUAACUAUGCUACUGUUGAAGAAUUGCUUGGUGUUUCUUUAGAUGGGGACGUAACUCUCAACAAUCCAGACGGGAUCAGGAACAAAGGACGCGGCAAACGCCGACGAUUGUCUAGAGCACCUCAGGAUGGAACGAGCAACUCUGCUGUCAAACCUCCCAAAACACCCAGGCUUUGCCGAACCUGUAUGAAGUACGUGACUGGGCAUGAUUCAAGAAAUUGCAAGAAAAAGAAGAACAAGAAUAAAUUGGGUAACGAGGACGAGGACUCAAGCUCUGCGAGUCAGGAGUCCACUUGA